UGCAUUUUGUCUGUCAGUUAAAACAUUUACAUUUGAAAUCAAAUAUCUAGAAGUGACAUAAUAAAUUACACUUGUAUGCUACACAAUUAUUUAUUUCAAUUCAAUAACAUAGUUAGACAUACACACAAAAUGUUUUAUUGCAAUAUAAAUAAAACAUUUAAGAAAUAAAAAAAAAUAAUCGAGCAUAGUAAUAGGGUCAAAGGGCACUUCCUGGCGCCAUGUUUGUUACGUCGUUUAGCAUUAGCUAAGUUAGCUGAACUUUUCUACUGCGCAGCAAAUAUGAAUGUUUUAGUUGGUUGUAGAUUUCACUCACACAUCAGUGAGUGAAUAGCAUCAAUAUACAGUACACCCUGCGGCUUGGCCACUAGACCGUGGCUUGUUAUACUCUAUAGAAACUCUGAUAGUUCAGUGGUCCGGACAGAUAUGGAGCGUCCUGAGGAAAGACUCCGGCGUCAUACUGCUCCGUGGAGAACACCCGGGCCCCAGCGUGGAGCUCAACUUCUGGGCCACUCAGAGGGAAGACCUGCUCGGUAUCCAGUCACAAAUCCACAGCCCCAAAGUUGAACACAUCAUGGAAAUCCUGAGACAAGUGAAGAGCAGCUAUUAUUCCGCCUUUAAAGACGUCUGUCUCAAAGUUGAUGAGGCGGUCCUGGAAGCGGAGGACAUAGAUCUGUACUUGCGUCCUCUGAGGAGACUGAUAAGCAGCCUAGAGGAGAGGAGUUUCCCACAAGUUGAUGCUCUGCUGCCGCCUCUCUUCCACACGCUCUGUCUCAUCUGGAGCCAUUCACAGUACUACUGCAUACCGCAACGUAUGGUGGUCCUGCUUCAGGAGUUCUGUAACCUCAUCAUUGAAAAGGCCUUCGCGUACCUCAUUCCAGAAGAACUUUUUAAGAUGGAACUUGAGGAGGGGGUGGAGAGAGUCCAGAUCACCAUCUCUGUUCUGCGCACAUUAAAGCAACUGUUUCACACUUACCGCCGCCAGCUCCCCAAGUACUUCAAACAUAACCAGACCAUCAAGUUAUGGGAUUUUCCAGGUUCACUCGUGUUUCAGCGUUUAGACCGCGUCAUGCAAAGGCUGCUCAUGAUUGAGGAUCUUUUUGCCACAGCAUUGGAUCUUUUGAAGCUGGAGAAGGUUGAACUAGGUGGUUCCAGAGGCAAGGUCCUCAGUGAGAUGGUUCUUGGCAUGAGUGAGGAGUUUCAAGACCACUGGAGAGCCCUCAGAGAGAGCAAAUAUGACCCAUUGGACUAUACUAGCGAAGAUUUUGUGCAUCACUAUAGACGCUUUAUGGACCACACCAGAGAUUUUGACCAAAGGCUUGGGACAGUCCUCAACCUGGCUUUUCAGCAUGCCAAUAACCUGAAGUCAACCUUUAAGUUGCUGAAGAUAUUCGGUACCCUGCUUGAGAGGCCCAGCAUCCACCAGCUGUUCUCUCCUAACUACACUGUGCUGUUGGCCAUGUUCAACCAGGAAGUCAACCACUGUCAGCUUAUACUAAAUCAACACAAAGAUGGGGUGCAGCUCGGCUGUGCAGUGCUAGGAAAGAAUAUGCCAUCAGUGGCUGGCAAGCUCAAAUGGUCACAGGAGCUUCGGAAUCGCAUCCUCACCAACAGGAGCAACAUUUGCCAGCUGGCUCAUAUGCCUCUGGGCUGUGCUGAAGCAGAUGAUAUACUCCGGAAGUGUGAGCAUGUUCUGGAGAUUCUAGACCAGCGUGAUGAAGAGCUGUUCUCAGAAUGGACUGAGGGUUUGGAGGAAGUCUGUCAGACUCACCUAAUAGAACCACUGCUAACACUGAACACUGAGACAGGCCUGUACCAGGUCAACUUCAGUCCUGCUUUGACAUCAGUGCUAAGGGAGGUGAAGUACCUGGGCAUGCUGAAGUAUGAAAGCAUCCCAAAGGCAGCUCUCAGUCUUCACUCCCAGCGGGAGAGACUCCAUGUGUACACACAGACACUGAGCAUGGUGACUCAAUGGUACAAUCAGCUCCACAGCACCAUUCUGGCUGUGGAGCUUGGGUUGGUAAAAGAGGAGAUUGAAGGGAUGAAACAUCAACUUAGACCAGCCCUCCAGGAGCUUACCUGGGAUCAGGAUGACCUGUGGAACUACAUUCAAAGCACACAAGACCUGGUCAAGAGCAUUUCCAGUCGUGUCCAGAAGAGCAAAACUAAUGUGGAAGCUAUCCAGACCCUUAUGGGUAAAUUUAGCCACCGGGCUUUUAUCACCAGAAAAGACUGUGCUUCCACGCUUCUCAUCUUCUCUGACAUUGAAGAGUGUGUUGCCAAACAACAUGCUCUCAUCACCAGUACAGGGGACCAGAUACACAAGCUUCUGCAGGAGAACCAGUCUUUGCUCGGUGUAACUGACCUGAGCAGUGCUGAGUGGCAAGCAUACACAGACUAUGUGGAUCAAAUGAUUCUCGCAGGUUUUUCCAGCGCAGUACGUUGCUCCCUGCAGUACCUCAUGGAUAACACGGAUGCAUCGCAGCGCAUUACACCCCUCUUUGAGGUGCGGCUCAUUCUCAACAACGCUGAGAUGACCUUUGACCCGUCACUGGACUUCAGUCAAAGUGGAAACUUCUAUGAUAUUGUGGAUAAAAUGGUGUCCAAUGUGACAAACAUGGCAUCUUUCAUUCCCAGAGUGGCCAAUCAUAAGGAGCUGGAUAACUAUCAGUGUGACAUAAAUGCAAUGGAGGAUUUAUCAGAGAUGUGCCACAUAAUACGCACACGGGCUCGUACAGUUAUCGCUAAGGUCAAGGAAUAUCAGGGUUCAUUUGCCAGCUACCGCUACCUCUGGACAGACGACAGAUCUGAAUUCAUGAGACAGUUUUUGCUUUAUGGUCAUGCAUUAAGUACAGAAGAGGUUGAGCUGUAUGCUGACUACGAACUCAAAAAGAACCCUCCCACCUUGGAUCAGUUCAAGGAACAAAUCAGCCUUUUUGAGUCUUUGUAUAUACGGGUGAGCAAGAUGGAGGAUAGGAAAGUGUUUUGUGGCUGGCUGCAGCUUGAUAUGAGACCCUUCAAACACGCACUGAUGAAUGUCAUAAAGAGGUGGAGCUGGAUGUUCAAGGAGCACCUGCUAAACCAUGUAAACCAGAGUGUGAUGGAUCUGUCCUCUUUUGUCCAGGACACAGCUUGUGGCCUUUCUAACAAGGUGUCCGAUGGUGACUACACAGGCUUGGUUAAUAUCAUGGGACACCUUAUGGCCAUACGGGACAGACAGAUCAGCAAUGAACACCAUUUCAAACCUCUUAAGUCGACCGGUGAACUCCUCAAGACCUACGGGCAGCAACUGCCAGAGAAUGUCUACACACAGCUAGAAGAGCUGCCAGAGAAGUGGAAGAGUCUGAGAAAAAUUGCCUUCACGGUCAAACAUGAAGUGGCACCUCUACAGUCAAAGGAAGUUUCAGUUAUACGCAGGAAAUGUGUUCGUUUUGAGGUCAAACAGUAUGAGUUCAGAGAGCAGUUUCGUAUUGAACCCAUCUUUAAGAUCCAUGUGGAGGAGCCAUAUAAACUAAUUAAUAAGACUAAUCGGGCAGUUGAAAUGAUGGAGGCAGAAAUGAAGAGGCUGCAGGCCACAGCUAAUUUAUUUGAGGUCAGCUUUCCCGAUUACAAGCAGCUACGGCAGUGUCGCUCUGACAUCAUACUGGUGAAAUCUGUCUGGGACAUGGUCAUCUUUGUUAAGACCAGUAUAGAGGAUUGGACAAAGACUCCAUGGAAGGAGAUCAACGUUGAGCAGAUGGACAUGGAGCUCAGACGAUUUGCCAAGGAGAUGAAGAUGCUGGAUAAGGAGGUGCGGGUGUGGGACGUCUACAUGGGCCUGGAGUCGACUGUGAAGAACCUGUUGACCUCACUGAGAGCUGUCAACGAGCUGCAAAACUCUGCUGUCAGGGAAAGACACUGGCAGCAGCUUAUGAACACCACAGGGGUCAGGUUCGUGAUGGGACAGAGCACCACUCUUGGGGACCUUUUGGAAUUGCAGCUUCACCGUGUGGAGGACGAAGUCAAAAACAUAGUGGACAAGGCUGUGAAAGAAAUGGCCAUAGAGAAGGUUUUGGCAGAGAUAACUCAGACAUGGAGCAUGAUGUCAUUGUCCUAUGAAACACAUGCGACUACAGGAAUCCCUCUGCUCAAAGCAGAUGAGAAUCUUAUUGAGACAUUAGAGGACAACCAGGUGCAACUGCAGAACAUACUGAUGAGUAAAUAUGUAGAGUAUUUCCAGGCAGAGGUUAGUGGGUGGCAAAGGAGACUGAUGGUGGCUGACCUCGUCAUCUCCUCCUGGAUGUGUGUCCAGAGGACUUGGGCCCACCUUAACAGCAUCUUCACCAACAGCCACGACAUCCGCUGCCAGCUAGCCAGUGAUGCAGAGCGCUUCCAGGGAAUACACGAUGACUUUCAGAGCCUGAUGGCUGAGGUGGUGAAGAACAGUAAUGUGGUAGAAGUGACCAACCAGUGUGGCUUCCUGGAAAACCUAGAGACCAUGCAGCAGAGGCUGUCUGUGUGUGAGAAGGCUUUGGCCGAGUACCUUGAGACCAAGAGACUUACAUUUCCCAGGUUUUACUUUGUUUCUGCCUCAGACCUAUUGGAUAUUGUCUCCAAGGGAACACAGCCCAAACAGGUAACCAGACACAUGCUGAAGCUGUUUGACAAUGUAGCUGAUCUUCGCUUCAAGGAUCCGGACAGAGGUGGAGGGGAGGAGGAGGAAGGGGCCGCGGUUGCUUUAGGCAUGUACAGCAAAGAGGGAGAAUAUGUUCCAUUCUCUGAGCCAUGUGUCUGUGAAGGACAGGCAGAAUGUUGGUUAGGUGCCCUGGAGAGCACUAUGCGCUGUACUGUUCGGAAGGAGAUCCAGGAGGCUGUAGCUGCUUAUGAAGACAAACCACGAGACCAGUGGCUCUUUGACUACCCUGCACAGGUAGGGUUGACUGGCAGUCAGGUGUGGUGGGCAACAGAUGUGGGCAUUGCCUUUGAGAGAGUGGAGGAGGGAUUUGAAACAGCGCUUAAAGACUACAACAAGAAGCAGAUCACACAACUGAACUCGCUGAUCCAUAUGCUGCUUGGAGAUUUAACUCCUGGAGACAGGCAGAAAAUUAUGACUGUGUGUACUAUUGAUGUCCAUGCUCGAGAUGUGGUUGCCAACCUCAUAAGUCAGAAGGUGACAACAGGCCAGGCCUUUGCAUGGUUGUCCCAGUUACGCCAUCGCUGGGAUGAGGAGAGUCAACACUGUUACAUUAACAUCUGUGAUGCCCAGUUUCAGUUCAGCUAUGAAUACCUGGGAAACACUAAUAGGCUGGUUAUCACUCCUCUCACAGAUAGGUGUUACAUAACUCUUACACAGUCCCUUCAUCUGACUAUGAGUGGUGCCCCAUCAGGCCCAGCUGGCACCGGUAAGACAGAGACGACUAAAGACCUUGGGCGCUCCCUUGGCAUCAUGGUAUAUGUGUUCAACUGUUCAGAGCAGAUGGACUACAAGUCUAUAGGAAACAUUUACAAGGGUCUGGCCCAGACAGGGGUUUGGGGAUGCUUCGAUGAGUUUAACAGAAUCUCAGUGGAAGUGCUGUCUGUAGUAGCUGUGCAGGUCAAAACUAUACAAGAUGCUGUCCGCAAGAAAAAGCAAAGGUUCCUCUUCCUAGGAGAGGAGAUUGAGCUCAAGCCAACAGUGGGGAUCUUCAUUACCCUGAACCCAGGAUAUGCUGGAAGGGCUGAGCUUCCAGAGAACCUCAAGGCUUUAUUUAGGCCCUGUGCCAUGGUGAUUCCAGACUUCGAGCUGAUUUGUGAGAUCAUGUUGGUGGCAGAAGGAUUCAUAGAUGCUCGUCUGUUGGCACGCAAAUUCAUCAGCCUGUACACUCUUUGCAAAGAGCUGCUGUCCAAACAAGACCAUUAUGAUUGGGGCUUGAGGGCCAUCAAAUCAGUCCUUGUUGUGGCAGGAUCUUUAAAGAGAGAGGAUCGUAGCAAACCUGAGGAGCAGGUUCUGAUGCGGUCGCUCAGAGACUUCAACCUACCAAAGAUUGUGACCAAUGACGUGCCCAUAUUCCUUGGAUUGAUCAGUGACCUGUUUCCUCAGUUGGACGUACCCAGGAAGAGAGAUCCCAAGCUGGAGAACGCUGUUCGCAAGUCAGUCAGUGAACUGCACCUUCAGCCUGAAGAGAACUUCAUACUUAAGGUGACCCAGCUGGAGGAGCUGCUGGCUGUCAGGCACUCUGUGUUUGUAGUUGGUGGACCAGGAACCGGAAAGAGUCAGAUAUUAAAAACUCUCUAUAAAACUUAUUCAAACUUGAAGAUGAAAACUGUAUGGAAUGAUAUCAACCCUAAAGCAGUGACCACGGAUGAAUUGUUUGGAUACCUGCAUCCUGCUACCCGAGAGUGGAAAGAUGGUUUGUUCUCCUCUACGAUGAGAGAGUUAACUUCACUGAGCCAUGAUGGACCCAAAUGGAUUGUUCUUGAUGGAGAUAUAGACCCCAUGUGGAUUGAGUCACUCAACACAGUGAUGGAUGACAAUAAGGUUCUCACUCUUGCAAGUAAUGAGAGGAUUAGUUUGUCUCCCUCUAUGCGUCUUCUCUUUGAGAUCUCCCAUCUGAAGGCUGCUACUCCAGCCACUGUGUCCAGAGCAGGCAUACUGUAUGUCAACCCACAGGACCUUGGAUGGAGCUCGUAUGUGACAAGCUGGAUAGACACCCGACAGGCUCAGUCAGAGCGAGCCAACCUCACUAUUCUGUUCGAUAAGUAUGUGCCAUACUGUCUGGAGCAGGUCCGCUGCAAUCUGAAAACCAUUACCCCGAUUCCAGAGAACAGUAUGGUGCAGACUUUGUGUUCCUUGUUGGACUGCCUGCUCACAGAGCACAACACUCCAGCUGACUCGCCUCGAGAACUUUAUGAGAUCUACUUUGUGUUUGCUUGCGUCUGGGCCUUUGGGGGGGCUCUCUUCCAGGACCAUCUGAAUGACUACCGUGCUGACUUCAGUCGCUGGUGGUCUAAAGAGAUGAGAGCAGUGAAGUUUCCUUCCCAGGGCACCGUCUUCGACUAUUUUAUUGAUUCUGAGACCAAAAAGUUUACUCCCUGGAGCGAGAAGAUGGUGCCAUUUGAGUUGGAGCCGGAUGUACCGUUACAGACAGUUCUGGUUCACACCCCCGAAACCAUCUGUCUGACCUACUUCAUGGACCUGCUGCUCCAGAGAGGCAAGCCCGUCAUGUUGGUGGGCAACGCCGGAGUGGGCAAAACUAUUCUGGUGUCUGAUAAAGUCGCCAAACUAAAGGAGGACUUCAUGGUGGCCAAAGUCCCGUUCAACUACUACACCACAUCAGCCAUGCUGCAGCGUGUCCUGGAGAAGCCGCUGGAGAAGAAAGCUGGUCGUAAAUUUGCUCCACCUACUGCCAAGAGACUCAUCUAUUUUAUAGAUGAUCUGAACAUGCCUGAGGUGGAUGUUUAUGGGACUGUUCAGCCUCACACACUUAUACGCCAGCACCUCGACUAUAACCACUGGUACGACAGACAGCGACUGGUUUUGAAAGAAAUUCAUAACUGCCAGUACAUUACCUGUAUGAACCCAACAGCUGGAAGCUUCUCCAUCAACCCCAGACUGCAGAGACACUUCUCUGUGUUUGCGGUCCACUUCCCUGGCGCUGACGCGUUAGCCACAAUCUUCUCCAGCAUCUUGUCAGCUCACUUUCUUCAGGGAGGAUUCAGCUUUGGCGUGUCUCGCUCAGUCGGAACUCUCAUACAGGCAGCUAUAUGUCUGCACCAGAAGAUCAGUCAGAACUUCUUGCCCACAGCGAUACGGUUCCACUACAUCUUCAACCUGCGAGACCUCUCCAACAUCUUUCAGGGUAUUCUGUUUGCACUGCCUGAGUGUAUUCGCUACCCCAUGGAACUGGUUCACCUGUGGCUCCAUGAGAGCUCCAGGGUCUACUCUGACAAGCUGAUGGAAGAAAAAGAUGUUGAGCUCUUCAACAAAAUCCUUCUGGACACUGGCAAGAGAUAUUUUGAGGGGAUAGAUGAGUCUAUCUUCAUACACCAGCCUUUGGUGUACUGCCACUUUGCUCACGGUGUGGGAGAGCCUCGCUAUCACCAGGCUUCAGACUGGGAGAAACUCCAAAAGAUACUGGCUGAGGCUCUGGAGCAUUAUAAUGAGCUGCAUGCUGUCAUGGACCUGGUGCUGUUUGAAGAAGCUAUCCAGCAUGUAUGUCGUAUUAGUCGAAUACUUGAAGCUCCCUAUGGCAAUGCCCUGCUCGUGGGCGUUGGGGGCAGUGGGAAGCAGAGUCUGUGUCGGCUGGCUGCCUUCCUCAGCAUGCUGGAGGUUUUCCAGAUCACUCUGCGUAAAGGAUAUGGCAUAAAUGACCUUAAGAGUGAUAUAGCAGCCUUAUAUAUAAAAGUGGGGGUGAAGAACAUUGGGACAGUAUUCCUUCACACAGAUGCACAGAUUCCAGAUGAACGCUUCCUGGUGCUAAUCAACGACAUGCUGGCCUCAGGUGAUAUUCCAGACCUUUUUAACGACGAAGAAGUGGAUAUGAUCGUGACAUCCAUCAGAAUGGAGCUCAGAGGGUUGGGUCUAAUAGAUACCAGAGAUAACUGCUGGAGCUUCUUCAUUGAGAGGAUACGAAGGCAGCUUAAGGUCGUCUUGUGUUUCUCCCCAGUGGGCUUUACGUUGCGGACACGUGCACGGAAGUUUCCGGCUCUGGUGAAUUGCACAGCCAUUGACUGGUUUCACCCCUGGCCUCAGCUGGCCUUGCAAUCUGUCAGCUCCACAUUCAUAGAGAAGAUACCUGGACUGGAGCCAAUCGUGAAAGCAUCAAUCAGUGAGUUUAUCUCAUAUGCCCACACUAGUGUCAAUGAGGUCAGUGUCAGAUACCAGCAGAAUGAGAAGCAUUUCAACUACACCACCCCGAAGAGCUUCUUGGAGUUCAUGAAGCUGUAUGGAAACCUGUUGGGGAAAAAGCGCAGAGAACUGAGCCAGAAGAUGGAAAGAUUAGAGAAUGGUCUGCAGAAACUGCAGUCCACUGCAUCACAGGUGGAGGAUCUGAAAGCCAAAUUAGCAAUACAGGAGGUGGAGCUGUGGCAGAGAAACUCGGAUAUUGAAGCUCUUAUUGCUAAGAUAGGACAACAGACCGACAAACUGAACCAGGAGAGGGCUGUGGCUGAUGCCGAAGAGCAAAAAGUGGAGGCAAUUCAAGCAGAAGUGACAAAACAGCAGCAAGACACAGAAGAAGACCUGGCCAAGGCUGAGCCUGCCCUACAGGCAGCCAAUGCAGCCCUUAAUACACUAAACAGGUCAAACCUGACAGAACUGAGGACAUUCCCAAACCCUCCAGCUAUCGUCACCAACGUCUCGGCAGCUGUUCUGGUCCUGUUUUCCCCCCAAGGCCGAAUCCCCAAAGAUCGCAGCUGGAAGGCUUCCAAGAUGGUUAUGGGCAAGGUAGACGAAUUCCUGCAGGCUUUGGUGAACUUCGACAAAGAGCGUAUCCCUGAGGCCACAGUGAGGUGUGUGAAGGAAGAGUACCUCAGUGACCCAGAGUUCAACCCUGACUUCGUACGACAGAAAUCCUCGGCUGCUGCAGGGCUCUGUGCCUGGGUAAUCAACAUCAUACGCUUCCACGAGGUGUUCUGUGAAGUAGAGUUGAAGAGGAUGCAUCUCUCUCAGGCCAAUUCUGAUCUGGCUGAGGCCGCUGAAAAACUAGAGGCCAUCAGAAAAAAACUCACUGAGCUGGACAGCAGCCUGGAAACUCUGACAACAGCAUUUGAGAAGGCAACGUCAGAGAAGCUGCGCUUUCAGGAGGAGGUCAAUCGCACCAACAAGACCAUAGAAUUAGCCAAUCGUCUGGUCAAAGGGCUGGAGAGUGAGAACGUGCGCUGGGCCCACUCUGUGGCUCAGUUCCACGAACAGGAGGAAACUCUGUGCGGUGACGUCCUUUUAACUUCAGCUUUCAUAUCUUACGCUGGAUCCUUUUCCAAGAAGUACAGGAGAGAGCUGCUGGACAACCUCUGGAUGCCGUUCCUGCGUAGUCAGAAGGUACCAAUCCCCAUGACAGAGGGCUUAGAUCCAGUAUCGAUGCUGACCGACGAUGCCACUGUGGCCCAGUGGAACAACGAAGGCUUACCGGGAGACAAAAUGUCCACUCAGAACGCCACUAUUCUCACUAACUGCGAGCGCUGGCCUCUCCUCAUUGACCCUCAGCUGCAGGGCAUCAAGUGGAUCAAGAGUCGCUAUGGCAGCAGCCUUAAGGUUAUCAGUCUAGGACAGAGAGGUUAUGUAGAUGUGAUAGAACAGGCUGUAGUGGCAGGAGACACUGUCCUCAUUGAGAACCUCGAGGAGACCAUUGACCCUGUUAUUGACCCCCUGCUGGGACGACACACAAUCAAGAAGGGCAGUUGCAUAAAGGUUGGAGACAAGGAAUGUUUCUUCCACCCAGGCUUCAGACUUAUACUUCACACUAAAUUGGCUAAUCCUCAUUACAAGCCAGAGAUUCAAGCCCAGACUACCCUCAUCAAUUUUACAGUUACCAGGGAUGGACUGGAGGACCAGCUCUUAGCCCAGGUUGUGAACCAGGAGAGACCAGACUUGGAGCACCUUAAAAGUGAACUGACCAAACAACAGAACCUGUUUAAGAUUGAGCUUAAGCUUCUGGAGGAUGAGCUGCUGACCAGGCUGUCUGCUGCAGAGAGUAACUUCUUAGGAGACAAUGUGCUGGUGGAGAAGCUAGAGACGACCAAGCACACUGCUGCAGAGAUAGAGAUGAAAGUAAUGGAGGCAAAGGUUAAUGAGGUGAAGAUAAAUGAAGCCAGAGAACACUAUCGCACUGUUGCUGUCAGAGCAUCUCUGCUCUACUUUAUCAUGAAUGACCUCAACAAGAUCAACCCCAUGUACCAGUUCAGCCUUAAGGCUUUUAAUGUGGUUUUCCACAAGGCAGUGGAAAUGGCGGAGUCCUGUAUGGAUGUGAAGAACAGAGUAAACACCCUCAUAGACUGUGUCACUUACUCUACUUUCAACUACAUCAGCAGGGGUCUGUUUGAGAGAGACAAGCUCACCUUUACUGCACAGCUGGCCUUCCAGUUGCUCCUAAUGAGUAAGGAGAUAGAUAUGCGAGAGCUAGACUUCCUGCUGCGCUUUAACAUUGACCACAGCUACGUCAGCCCCCUCGACUUCCUCUCCAACUCUGCGUGGAGUGCCAUCAAGGUCAUGAGCUUCACUGAUGAGUUUCGUGGUCUUGACCGAGACAUCGAGGGCUCCCCUAAACGCUGGAAGAAGAUAGUGGAGUCAGAGUGUCCGGAAAAGGAAAAGUUUCCUCAGGAGUGGAAAGGAAAAAGUUCCCUGCAAAAACUUAUCAUGAUGAGAGCGUUGAGACCAGACCGCAUGACUUAUGCCCUUAAGAACUUUGUCGAAGAGAAGCUUGGGGUGAAAUAUACAGAGGGCAGAAAGACUGAUUUCUCCAAGUCCUUUAAAGAAAGUGGCCCAGCUUCUCCUGUGUUCUUCAUCCUCUCCCCUGGAGUGGACCCGCUUAAAGAUGUGGAAUCUCUAGGAAGGAAGCUGGGUUUCACUAUUGACCUCGGGAAGCUUCACAACGUGUCCUUGGGCCAGGGCCAAGAAGCUGUGGCCGAGGUUGCCGUGGAGAAGGCUGCCAAGGAGGGCCACUGGGUUAUAUUACAGAAUAUUCACCUGGUUGCUCGAUGGCUGGGCUCGCUUGAGAAGCUCCUAGAGCUCUGCUGUGAGGACAGUCACCCUGACUACAGAGUGUUUAUGAGUGCUGAGCCAGCACCAAUACCCCAGGAGCACAUUAUUCCUCAGGGCAUUCUGGAAAAUGCUAUCAAGAUCACCAACGAACCCCCUACUGGCAUGCAUGCCAAUCUGCAUGCCGCGCUGGAUAACUUUGACCAGGAUAUCCUGGAUCAGUGCAGUCGUGAGCAGGAGUUUAAGACCAUCCUCUUCUCCCUCUGCUACUUCCAUGCUUGUGUGGCAGAGAGGAGGAAGUUCGGUCCCCAGGGUUGGAACAGAAAGUAUCCCUUUAACACCGGAGACCUGACCAUCUCCGUUAACGUCCUCUACAACUACCUGGAGGCCAACGCACAGGUGCCGUGGGAGGACCUGAGGUACUUGUUUGGAGAGAUCAUGUAUGGAGGACACAUCACUGACGACUGGGACCGGCGGCUCUGUAGAACAUAUCUAGAAGAGUACAUGCAGCCCAAUCAGUUUGACCGGAAGCUUGCUUUGGCUCCUGGAUUUGUUGUUCCCUCCAACCUGGAUUAUCAGGGCUAUCACAGUUUCAUAGAUGAGAUGCUGCCCCAUGAGAGCCCAGUGCAUUAUGGGUUGCACCCCAAUGCAGAAAUCGAAUUCUUAACGGUGACAUCAGAUAAUCUUUUUCACACUCUACUGGAGCUGCAGUCUCCUGAUGCCGUGAUGGGGGAGGGAGCCUCCCAGACGCUAGAGGAGAAGGUCAAAACUAUUUUAGAUGAAGUCCUGGAAAAGUUACCAGAGGAGUACAACAUGUCUGACAUCACCUCUAAGACGGCGGAGCGGUCCCCGUACAUCCUGGUCUGCUUUCAGGAGUGCGAGCGCAUGAACACACUCGUCUCUGAGAUACGGCGUUCGCUCAGGGAACUUGACCUGGGACUCAAGGGUGAACUGGCCAUUUCCUCCGAGAUGGAGAAGCUGCAGACAGCGUUGUUCUUCGAUAAUGUCCCCGACACCUGGACCAAGCUGGCGUACCCCUCCACCUACAGCCUGUCCAUAUGGUACAAUGAUGUGCUGCAGCGUUGUAAAGAGCUAGACAGCUGGACGCAGGACCUGUCUCUGCCCAGCGUCGUCUGGCUGUCGGGACUUUUCAACCCACAGUCUUUUCUCACUGCGGUGAUGCAGUCUCUGGCCCGAAAGAAUGAGUGGCCCCUGGAUAAAGUGAACCUGACGGUGGACGUGACCAAAAAGUUUAAGGAGGAGUUUAACCAGCCUGCCAGGGAGGGUGCAUACGUGUAUGGACUUUACAUGGAAGGUGCGAGGUGGGAUGCCCAGGUGGGGGUGAUCACUGAGGCGCGUCUCAAGGAGCUAACGCCCGCCAUGCCCGUCAUCUCCGUCCGAGCCGUGCCCAACGAUCGCCAGGAAACCCGCAACAUCUACGAGUGCCCGCUCUACAAGACCAAGAUCAGAGGGCCGACAUACGUGUGGAUGUUUAGCCUCAAAACCAGGGAGAGACCAGCGAAGUGGGUGCUGGCUGGAGUGGCUCUGCUGCUGAGUGUGUGAC